ACACUAUUAGUGACUGCAGACUGCAGUCAUAAACAAUUAUAGAGCUCUGCAUCUCAUUAGACAACCAUCACAUGUCUGUCCCUAAGAUUAUCACUUAAAUGGUAAGGUAUGUCAUUUGACCACUUAAUCACUUGAUUGUCCAAAUAUGAUGACUACAAUCAUAUCAAACGAAUGAAUGGUUAUCUUGAAGAGUGAUAAAAGUGGUGACAAUAGUUGAUAACCAUUUGGUCUCUAGUGUUGAGUUGAUGGUUGUCUUCAGUAAUCAAACAGCAAAAGACAGACACCUUUUGAUUGACUGACCGGUCAUUGAAACCAACGUAACAAUUGUGGCGUUGAAGUCAAAGUGCAAUACAUUUAGUGAUGUCUUUUAAGACUAAUGAGUGAUUGUCUUCACGUAAGACACUAAGCAUUUGGUCCCAAACAGUAUAAGAUAUGUCUUCCGUUGUGCCUUUGAUUGACUGAUGGACUACUGAUCCUUACAAUUGUGUCAUCAAAACAAUCUUUAAAUGGAUUGUCAAUUAUAUGAAAGAUAAGAAACAAGUGAUAUGUUUGCCGAAGACUGGACUCAACCGAAAUUGACACAAGUGUUGGUUGAAAAUAAAGGAGACAACUGAAGUCCGCCUCAUUAUUGAGUGUCUAUCUGUAGGAAGAGUAUCUCAAAUCAACUGUAUUGCCAUAUUGGCCAACCAUCUGACGCAUGGGUGGUAUCACUGGUGGUCUAUUAGUAUUUGUUAUCGUAUUCGCUAUCAUUCAAAUUGAUUCAAUAGUUUGACGACUGGGCACUCUUGGAAAUUGUUGGCAUCUGUUGAUCCAUUGAUCAAUCAGUGAGCCAGUCAUCCAGUUAUCUGUUAUGGCAAUGGUUAACACAUUGGCCAACGUUAAGGACUCGCGUUGGCUUCAGCUGGAGGUGUGUCGGGAAUAUCAACGAAACAAGUGUUCCCGGGCUGACAGCGAGUGCAAGUUUGCACAUCCAAACAAUAAUGUCGAAGUUCAAAACGGUCGGGUCAUUGCCUGCUAUGACUCCAUCAAGGGUCGGUGCAAUCGUGAGAAGCCUCCCUGUAAGUACUUUCAUCCGCCACAACAUUUGAAAGACCAGCUGCUCAUCAAUGGUCGUAACCAUUUGGCACUAAAAAAUGCUUUACUUCAACAAAUGCCUCUUCAGACCGUCCUAACGGGUCAGCUGCCAAUGGUGGGACCGACUGCUAGUUUGCUAACAGCUUACAGUCGACCACUGGCCCAUCAAAUUGCUGGCCAACAACGGGCGGCGGCUGCAGUGGCAGCCACUGCUAGCCUUUUGAAUGGUGCUGUCGGACACUUAUCCAAUAACACAACUAACUGUAAGGGUACCGGUGCAUAUAUGGCAAAUAUGCCAGCUCUAGCAUCAGCUUCUGCUUAUGGUGCUUACCCCACUGCUGCUGUCUUACCUGGUCUGAUGUCAGCUGCUGAUCACUUGACAACAAACUAUGGUGUAGUUCCUUCUCCUACUCUGAUAGCCUCGUCUCACAAAACAACGCGCACAGACCGUCUUGAGGUUUGUCGAGAAUUUCAAAGAGGAAACUGUAAGCGUUCAGAAUCUGAAUGCCGGUUCGCACACCCACCUGAUUACCUGCAAGUGGACGCCAAUGAUGGUGUCGUAACGGUGUGUAUGGAUUUCGUGAAAGGCCGGUGUUCCCGUGAACAAUGCCGUUAUUUGCACCCCCCGCCGCACCUGCUGGCACAGCUUAAGGCCGCCCAAAACAGGCCAAACUCUGCUGCUCUGCCGUCCGCAUCGCACGUAUCAUUGGCCGAAGCGGCUGUUUCGUCGUUGGCUGCAUUACCGCCGGGAAAGAAACGAACGCGAGAUCCCGCAGACGAGUUUGUUAUGACGUUUCCGGGUGUAGUUCCACUAUCUAAACGACCGGCACUUGAAAAAAGUGGACUUCCCGUCUAUCAACCGACUGCUGCCUAUCAACAGGCACUGGCAAUGCAUCAGUCAUUUGUUCCCUUCUCUUUUUAUUAUCCGGUUGCUGGACAUCCUAAUAGUAUUCAACGAUUUUAACGACUGAUGCAAUUUUAUCUAUUGUAUCCAAAUUCUGGUCACUUGUUUUAUCUCAUUGUUUAUAGCAUAACCUCUAUAUUUACAAUGGUCAUUUUUGAGCUUAAAUAUUGAUAUUUAGUUAAAUUGUUGAUCAUUUGACUUGAAAAUGGAUAAUAUAUCCAUUGAAUUGUGUUUUGUUUAUUUUGACACAACACACUCUACCAUAUUAUUUAUAUAAUAAUUAAUUUUUCGAUUUAAAUUAUGGAUAAAAUUUUUAAUUAAGAGGAUAUAUAACAAAUAUAAUUAAUUUUACAGUCAAAUAGUCUCAUUUCAUAGGUUUAAUAAUGAUAUACAUAUUUCAGUUAUUUAAAAUUAAAUUAAUGUUAUAUAUUGACU